UCAUUAAAACUGCAUUGCAGCUUAGGCCACUUGAUAGCGGUAUUGACUGGGCGGACCCGUAAGAAAGGUUAGGAAGGGCUGCAGCAACCAACUUUCUCUUGGCCUGAGCCCCAGAGCCCGCUGCCACUGCAUAUCAAGUACUCUCUUAGGGAUCCGUCACCGGGAGCUCUGCGGGCUUUCCCGGUGACGACGGUUCGCGCGCGAUGGGCAGGGCUGCGACUCUAGACAGCGUCUGGCCCGCAGACGGUGACCCGAAAACACUUCUAUGUGUGCGGGUACCAUGCUUAGCAGCGGAGCUGUUCAAGACCCUCUUCGUGGACCCUGAGCUUCAGGUCCAGCUGCACAAGCAGCGCAAUGACAGCCCGCUGGUGGAGACGGCCUGGGUGGCCAGCCGCGACCAGCUGCCGCCGGAGCUGUACACGUGGCAGGCGGGCGGGCAGCGCAACGAGCCCGGCGCCUCGCUGCGCUUCCGCAAGGUACGCUUUGAGAGCCCGCCCACGGCGCUGGCGAGCAAGCCCUUUCAAAACGAGGAGACUCAUGUUCUGACGCACUGGGCUCCGGACCAGCUGUACGUGCUUGAGGCUGUGUCCAACACCUCGGCCCCCUACGGCGACAAGUUCAGCGUCUUCUUCAAGUACAUUAUCCGCCCCGACGCCUCCAGCCCUGGCACCGCCUCCUGCGUGCUGCACCUGUUGUUCUGUGUGGACUUCCUUCCCUCCAUGAACCGCAUGAUGAAGCCCGUCAUUGCCAAGGCCGUGGACUCCGGCGUGCGCGGCACCUUCAAGAUCUUCCGCUCGGUGCUGGGCGGCUUGCGGCCCGGCACCGCCGACGUGGCGGAGGCGGAGCUGCCGCCGGGGGGCCUGCUGGCGGGAGCCCUGGCGUCGUACAGCUCGUCGUCGGGUGAGGAGAGUGAGUCUGAGGAGGACGAGGCGGAGGGCGAGGGCGAUGAGGACAAAGCGCGCAAGCGCCACCAUCACCACCAUCACCAUGCGUUCGCCUCCGCGGCGCCCAUACCGGCGCCGCCGACGGGGCCGACGCCCGGCGCACAUCCGGGCAUGGCGGCGGCCCCGGGGCUGCUGUCGGUGUUCUCGCAGCAGCUGGUGUACAAAGACCAGGUGGUUCUGCUGGCCGACCUGGUGGGCGCCGGCCUGCGCUCCGUGACGCACAGCGAGCUGGGCGCGCAGGCGCUGGCGGCGCUGCUGACUGUGUGGCUCAUCAGCCUGGCGGUGGCGGGGCUGAGCAGCUGGCAGCAGCUGUGUGCUGGAGGGGGAGGGGGAGGAGGAGGAGCGGGAGGAGGAGAAGGAGGAGGAGGAGGCGGUGGGCUGUUGCUGCCGGUGUGCUGGCCGCUGCGGGUGGUGGACGUGCCGGACAGCACCAUGGAGGUGCUCACCUCGCUGGCGCUUGUGGCCGCCAUCAACUGGGCGCUCAUACGCGGCUCCGAGGCGGCGGUGCGAUACCUGGCCGCAACACACCCCGCGCUACUGGCGGCGGCGCGGGCCAACGCCGCGGCCGCCGCGGCGGCGGGCGCCGGUGGCGCGGUGGGUGCAGGGGGCGCUGGAGGGGCGCGCGGAGGCGUGGGGGUGGUGGGAGGGCUGCCGCUCGGCGCGCCGCCGCCGGAGCAGGCGGCAGCGGUGCAAGCUCCGCCAGCGCCCAUUGCAGCGCCCAAGCAGUCAUCUGGGGGUGGCAGCAGUGGCGAUGCGACGGCGUCGGCUGCGAAGGCGGCAGGAGCAGCGGCGGCUGGCGCCGCUGCAGCUGCAGCGGCGGAGGCGCCGGCCGUGACACCUGCGCCCGAGGCUACGGCUGCGGGGUCGGGCAAGGAGAAGGGCAAGGAAAAGGGCAAGGGUAAGGACAAAAGCAAGGACAAGGCGGAGAAGGAGGCCAAGGGCAAGAAGGGCAGCAGUGGCGGCGGCGGGGCCGCCGCCACACAGAAGCCGCCGCCGCCGCCGGUGCUGGCGGCGACGCAGUCCAAGCCCCUGCGCGCGGCGCCUGCGCCCAAGCAGUUUACGCCCGAGCAGCUGCGGAUGCUGGAGAUGGGGGCCGUCUCCUCCGGCGGAGCAGCCGGGAGCAGGGGCGCCAGCCGCGCCGAGGCGUCGCCGCCGCCGUCGGCGGCGGCCAUCUCCGUCGGCGGCGCUGCCGCCGCCUCCGCCGCCACCAACCCCUCCCUCAUUAGUAUGCCCGACGCCUGGGCCACCGACCUACCGGCCGGCAUGGUGCUUCCGACGUCGCCCGACAAGGCGCCGGCGGCGUUGGCGUCCUCGUCCACCGGUGCUCUGGGGUCCACGCGCAGCGGCUCGCCGCCGCCUCCGGCCGCCAUGACCCGCGUCGGCACCAGCAUCGACGGCCGGUCCGCGGCGGCGGGGGCGGGGGCGGGGGCGGGGGCGGCGUAUGCUGGCAUGUCAGUCCAGCAGCUCGACGCGAUAUCCCUGGCGAGGUCGUCCGCUAGCAGCCUCAGUGUCGGCGGCGGCGGCAUCACGCCGAUGCCGUCGCCGGCGGGAAGGUCGCCGCCGCCGAACGCGGCGCCGCCGCCGGCGGUGCUGGCGGCGGCCGCCGCCGCGGCCGCGGCGGCGACGGGCGCCGCCGCAGCGGGUGCGGGAGCGGGCGCGACAAUGUCUGGGCCCUCCGGCGCUUCGAACGCGAGCUCGUUUGCCAACAUGUUUACGAAGGAGGGCAUCGACUCCAUGGCGGAGAGCUUGCGAUCCGCCUUCCGCUGGGAUCUCAAGCCCGCAGACGAGCACGCGCAGGAGCCCACCUCACCCUCCGCCGCCGCCGCCGCUGCCGCCAAGCCCAACGGCGCCUCCGCUGCCGCCGCCGCCGCGGCGGCGCGCGCCGCUGCCUAUCGCAGCCCGCCGGCGCCGCGCGCGCUGACUGUUGGCGGCGGCGGCAGCCUAGCCGCCAUGUCGGAGCCGGUGCAGUCCAUGUACUCGGCACGCUCGGACGCGCCUGGCUUCAUGACAGCGGCCUCCAACGAGCUAAACGCUGGCGGCGGCGGGGCGGCGGAGCCGGCGGUGGUGGUGGAGGAGGUGUUUGAGAACGAGCGCUUCCAGCCCUUCCGGGGCUGGGGCCACAUGUGGCCCGGCCACUUCCUGCCCUCGGACCGCGUGGGCCAUUGGAGCGACCGACAGGGCAAGCCGGGCGGCACCGCCAGCAUGGUGUGGGAGCAGGUGGUGCCGCAGCUGCCGGCGGGGUGGCGCUGGGUGGAGGACGAGUGGCAGAUCGACCUGGACGGCACGGAGGUGGAGGCGGUGGACGGUGACGGCUGGAGCUACGCCCUCGACUUCUAUUUGCUCAAGUACCCGCCGCCGCCGCAGGCCGGCAAGUGCUCGCUCAAGCACUUUGUGCGCCGGCGCCGGCUGUUCAGGACGCGCGUGCGGCUGCCCGACCGCAGCCUGCUGGACUCGGACGGCUCCGACCUGUUGGGCCUGCAGCUGCAGCCGCUCUCGCCAGACGCGUCCGCCGCCGCCGCCGCCGCUGUCGACGCCCCGCCAGCGGACUCGUCUGCGCCCUCGGCGCUGACGCUCGACCCGGACGCCGCGGCACUGCCUGUCAGCACCUCCGCCGCAAUCGCCUCCGCCCCGGCCUCCACCACCAACGGCGCCGGGGCCCAGGCGGCCGGCCGACCCGGGUCCGGGGCCCAGGCGGCAGGGGGUGCUGGGCAGGGCCUGGAGGGGCUGCCGGACCAGCACCCGUACCCGCAGCAGCACCCGCAGCAGCAGCAGCAGCACCUGACCACGUCAUCGGUGCUGUCCCUGGCGGAGGCGCUGCCCAGCCACUCCCUGGACAGCCACAGCGCUGGACGCCUGGGUGGUGGCAGGGGCCUGGGCGGCCUCAGCGCCUCGGCGCCGGCGGCCGUGGCCGGCGUGGAGACGCUGGCGGGCAGCGGCGGUGGAGGAGGAGGAGGAGGUGGCAGCGGAGGCACUGUGGAUUUCCGGCCGCCGGCGUCGCUGCCCUCGGUCGUUGGCGGCGCGGCGGCGGGAGGCGGCGGAGGGGCGUGGCCGGCCUCGCCGGGCGGCAUGGGGCCGGCGGCGAUGCCGCGGCCGCGCUCCACCACGACACUGACGUCGGGUGCGGGUGCGGGUGCGAGCGGCGGCGGAGGCAGCGCGGCGGAGCAGCAGCUGCACAGCGGCAGCGGCACGGCCAAGCGCGCGGUGGCCAUUGCGGAGGCGGCGAGCGGCGAGGCGCGCGCCCCCGCCGAGGCCGCCGCGCUGCUGGACCUGCUGUCGGGCCUGGACGCCGCGGAGGCGCCGCCGCCCUCGGCUGCAGUGCUGCCGCCGCAGCCGCACGCGCCGGCCGGUCGCCGGCGCUCCUCUGCCGGCGGGGCCGGAGCGCAAGGCCGGGUGGGGGCGUCGCCGUCGCCAUCGCCGCCGAAGGGUCAUGCCGCAGGCGGCGGCCCUGCAAGGGCGGGGCAGCAGCAGCAGCAGCAGCAAGCGCACCCAGCGAUGGGAGGUGCAGGCCGGCAGGCGGACGUGACUGCGCCGCAGGGGGGUGCGGCCGGCGUGGCGCGGCUCGACAGCGGCGGCGCGACAGCGCCUGCUGUGGCGGUCCGGACGGCGGUGGCGGGGUACGCGGCGUCGCCUCAUGCGGAGCACGACUCGGAGCCGGCGGCGCGAGUGUCGACAGAGGGCUACGUGCUGUCACCCAAGACGGAGGUGAAGGCGCACGACCCGCUCGGAGCGCUUCUGCAGGACGAAGCGGCGGCGCUGGCGGAGCCGUCGGUGCGCCCGGCUAGGUCUGCUAUUGAUGCGGCGGCAGCGGCGGCCGCGACGGGAAUGGUGGCGCCGGGCAUUGAGGAGGGGUCGCUACAGGCUGCGGCGGGUGGCUCCGCGGGCUUGCCGUCCGCGGCUCGGCAGGGCGGCGGCGCCGGUGCCGCCGCUGGCGGCGGCAGCACUGGUAAGAAGGCGGGCGGCAAGCUAGGUGCUGUGCCGCUGCGGCGCGGCGGCUCGGACGCGGCCGGGCCCUCCUCUGCGGUUGGCGGCUCGGAGUCGGCUGCGGGCGGGGAGGGGGCGGCGCUGAAGGGGGCAGCGAUUGUGGGCCAGGAGGAGCGCGGGCCGGCGGUGGGUGCGGAGGGCGAGGCCGGCGGCACGCCGACGCGGGCAGACACCGGCGCGAGUGGCGCUGGCAAGCAGCAGGCGCGAGCGGCGAGGCGGACGGCUGCGGCGCAUGGGCAUGGCUCGGGUGCGGGCGCUGAAGGCAGCGGCAGUGCCGGGGACCAGGCCGAGGAAGACCUAGGCGGCGGCGCUGUGGUCGCGGCUGACUUGGUGGAUUAAACCGGGAUACAAAGCAAGGAGACGUUGGACUAGAUAGGCGUAAACGAGUUUUGUGGCUUCAAGUUGCUUCAGGCAGGGGUUCUUGUGGUCGUCUUGCGUGUGCACUGCCUUCCGUUUUGGCAUCAGUUGCGCCGAUCCAGCCAGUGCAUGCAUGCAUGCAUACUUUCGUGACCCGCUUAAUGCAUUGUUGUUGUUGCCCUCCCUCCGGUUGGAACCGCACCUAGGUCGUGCUGUCUUCGGGCGCGUAGCUGCGUGCCCAGGACUGCACACACGUACCGUUCAUGGAGGGGUGGGGGUAGAUUUUUCUUUCCUGUAGAGGUGAGGCGCCGCGGGGCGGCUGUCCUGGGAGCUAUGCCCUUGGUAGUGCCAGGCACGGUGACUGCCUUCAGGCGCGCUAGGCUGUAAUCGUUAAAUUACGUCGGACCACGAGUCUCUGCCGUGAGUCUCUGUGAGUCUCAGUCCUCGAUCAUUCCAGUGGCCAGCUUAGUUCCGUACCUCCGUUGGGCGUAAAGCCGUAAACAACCUGCCGGGCGCCAGCUAGCAAGCGCGGUUCUCCGUAAUGCGGACCGCGCCUGACGACACGGGGCCGGGGCGCAUGAUCAAGGGGUCCCCGCAGUCCAGCCUACGGUCAUCUAACUCAUCUUCCCCUUAGUCUUCUGAUGUUGUGAGUGCCGUGAUGGCAGCCGGCAAACCGGCGAGACCGCAGUUCUGCCGUACUUAAGCACAUUCAACAGCCACCCUGCGCACUCUGAUAGAUCAGCUGGCACCAGAUCCUCAGCACGGCAGCAUGCAUUGCAGCAGUGCACUCCUUUCUGUACACCCAUUGUGCCCGCAUUCGUAACCGUGCGCAGCAGCGCUCAUGCAGUGCUCUUGCAGCAGGCACAAACACGGCAAAGGGCACGCAGUGCCAAUCGGCGAUGUCUCUCUUCCGUAUUGUCCCGGUAAUAACACAAUGAAUGACAUAUAAAUUGAUACGCACGCGCGGGUUCACAGAAUCCCUCCAGCCCCAGAGGCCUGAUGUGAUCACGCCUUGUAAGUGCAUGCGCUGGAGCAGUAGUUAUAGCA